GGAAGUAUUUUUCCUUCCUUGUCACUUGGAGGAUCUCACACUUCACCUCUUCUACCGAGUGAUAAACAUGACCUAAAUACAAAAGUAAGAUGCUGAGUCCAAAGAGUCAGAAGAACGUCAGUGAAGAGGACAGCUCUGGAUCUGAUGCAGGGUCAGAGGUCGGCCCUGAACCUGAGACUGACCGCUUUGGCUUCAUUCUGACUAAUGGAUCCACAGCUGGGACUGUGGGCCCACCCCCUGAGUUGGUCCGGCAGAGGGAGACCAAGUGGAUAAAUAUCAUCAGCCAAUGGGAUCGCAUCUUGUUGAAGAAGACCAGUAAGGUCAAAGUGCAGUGUCAGAAAGGCAUCCCAGCCUCACUCAGAGCUAAGUGCUGGCCUCUGCUGUGUGGAGCCACUGACAAGAUGAAACAAACCGAAAACCUCUACCAGACCCUGGACUCGCAGCCGGCUCUGCAGAGCUGGGUGGAUGUGAUCGAGAGAGACCUGGACCGACAGUUCCCUUUCCAUGAAAUGUUCCUCUCCAAGGAUGGACACGGGCAGCGUGGUUUGUUCCGGGUGUUGAAAGCCUACACUCAGCACAAACCAGAGGAGGGUUACUGCCAGGCUCAGGGGCCUGUGGCUGCGGUGCUGCUGAUGAACAUGCCUGCUGAGGAGGCCUUCUGGUGUCUGGUGCAGAUCAGUGAUCAGUACCUGCCUGGAUACUACAGCCCUCUGCUGGAGGGAGUCCUGUUUGAUGCGGCCAUGCUGACCUGGGUGUUGAAGAGGACGUGUCCAGCUGCUCACAAACACCUGCAGCACCACGGGGUGGAGCCCCUCAUGUUCGCCACGGACUGGCUGAUGUGUCUCUUUACACGUCACCUGCCCUUCAACACACUGCUCCGAGUCUGGGACCUUUUCUUCUGCCAUGGGGUGCGGGUGCUGCUCCAGGUGGCGGUGGUCCUGGUGCGGCGGGUGCUGGGCCGGGCCGAGCAGAGGAAGCAGUGCCCGGGUCAGAUGGAGACCCUGGAGAGGCUGAGGGGCGUCAGGGAGGAGGUCCAGGAGGAAGAUGAUCCUUUCAUUGCAGAGGUGUGCUCGGUGCAGCUCUCAGCAAGAGAUCUGGAGAAGCAGACGGAGAAGGAGUUGAAAAAGUGGAGGACUGACAGACCCUCAUCCACUUUUGACCCCAGAGGUCGCUGCCAGGGAUACAGGAUGGCGUGGGCGAUUGGGCGACAGAACGAGGAAGAGCGGGACAUGAAAGAGAGAGCGAAAGGAAACCUGUCCGUCCCUCUUGCUCGCUCUGCCUCCACUCUCUCGCUCUCUCCCGCCCUCCUUAGCAAGAGGUGGGGUAGAGGGGCAAAGACGACCACACGUGAAUGGGAAAGUGGGGGCAAAGUUGUGAGGCAUCUCUCAAUGGGAGCAAAGGAGGACUGCAGGAGCUGGGCUGAGCUCAAUUUCAAAAAGGUGCAGGGCGUACAGGAAGAGGAGGACACUGUGUUAGAGGAACCAAACAAACUGACGGGAAGUACUGAACAGAAAAAACUCCCAGAAGAGCCUGAAAAGAUAGAGCAUGUAGAAGAAACAGUCAUAAAAGAACAAGUGGAAAUCACUGAAAAGGAGGAAACACAAAUCAAAGAGACAGAGGAGAGCGAAAUGUUUUCUGAACAGACGGAAGAAACAACAGUGGAAACAGAUCAAACCAAAGAUCAGACUGUUGAAAAUAUUCUUCAUCCAGCUGAACAGAAACAGGGAGAGGAGCUGGACUCUGACAGCCAAUCACAAGUCCUGGAGCAGCAGAGUCAUGAAAGCAAGCAGCUGGAAAUUGAGGUGAUGGAAACAAAUGACGAGACAGAAAAACCAGUGGAAGAAAUCGAACAUGCAGAGGAAAAUCUGACUGAGAUACAGAAAGAUGCUGAUGAAGAUACAAUCACAGAGGAAGAGACGCAAGGAAGUCUGUACCCAGGUGAGGAACAGAUGAUUCAGGCUGACGUGAAACCACAGGAGAGCACAGAAUCUGAGCGCCAGAUGCAGGAGGACACAGAGAUAAAGAGUGAAGAUGAAGCUUCAACAGAAGAGACAGUGACACAACAACAAGAAGUGAUCACAGAGACAGACAUCAGCUCACAGGGAGAUGCACCUGAAGGGAAAUACCACAGCACCGAGACAUUAGCAGAGACACACAAUCAAGAAGAGUCCCACACCCAAACAGAGACACACACUGAAGAACAGGCGCAGAGUCAAGAGGGAAAUGCAGCCACACAGGAAUUAGAGGCUGAAAAGGUACAAAAAGAUUCGGUACAUCACAUAGAUUCAAAGACUGAGGAAGAAACAGUAAUAUCAUGUUCCCCUGAAUGCAUGCAACCAACAGAAGCUGAAACAGACACUGAGGAAGAAAUAGCAGGUACAAACGAAAUAGUGAUGGAGUCAAGUGAAGGAUUGGAGAAAGAGUGUGAUGCAGAAUGUACACAAGAGGAAGAGGAAAGCUGUUUGAUGGCAAACUCAGAGGCGCAGGUUGACAAUGAUCUGACACAAGCAGGAGAAACACAAACAGAGACUACUGACUCUAAAGAACCUUUUGAGGCUGAGGCUCUCACCGUUGAGCCUGAUUGGAAGUUGAAUCCAGAAGAAACGAGUCCCUCAGAGGAACCUGCACCUGAACAGCCAGAGAUCCAGGUCGCUAUGGGCGCUGUGGAGGAGGAAGGAAGUCCAGAAUCUGUCCAUGAACACACUGUAGGAGAGGACGACGUCUUCCUUUCUACUGAACCUAUAGACUCUUCUAAUAUCAAGAGCAUCUCACAAGUCCGCGAUUCUCACCUCGUGAAAGAGCAGACUGAGCCGGGUAAUAGUGGCGGGACAGAAGUCUCGGGGAAUCGCAGCAGCAGGUCUUCUGGGGAUUUGUGCGUCCGCAAGGCGUCGAGCUCUCGAGGUUCCAGGUUAGCCCGAAGGCUCUCUGAAGACCUCUUCAUCAUGCCAGAGAAAACAAGCCAAUCAAAGCGUACUCCUCGUCAACCAGAAGCAAAAGACAGUGCUGCAAACACAACCCAAAAUACUCUGUCUGCAGUGACUGAGAGGGCAGUGGUACAGCCGCUGCCCGACCCCCCUAAACGCUUUGGUCUCUUCCGCAGACUGAGAGGAGAGCAGUCAAAAAAGGCACCCAAACUGCAAGUCCCCAAAAUCUUGAUCCAGGACUUCAGUGAUGGAGCAGGGCUGGAGACACCUGUAGAGGAAGAAGAGGGGGAUCAACUGAGCUCCAGGGAGAGGAGGAGGCGGCGGAGGGAGCAAGAGAGAAGGGAGAAAGACGAGGAGAGGUCGAGGAAGAAGAGAGAGAAGGAGCUGGCGAAGGAGAGAGAGCGAGAGAAGAGGAAACCGCAGACGAGGGGGAAAGGUUUCCAGGUGCAAAGAGAGAAAGAGAGUAGUGAGGUGACGCAACCUGCAAACACUGGAUCACAGACUCAUAGACAUUCUGUUUCUUACGCUGAGUCUUACUUCUGACAAGACAAGACAAGUCCUAACUGGAUCUGGGGGCAAGAUUUCAGACCUUCAGGAACCCUCUUUCUUUUGUGCAGAUCUUUCUUCUACUUGAACCUUUUGACAUGUAAAUAAAUAAUGUAAACAUAGUUCAAAAAUAUGAUUAUUUUAUUUAGAGGAGCUCUUUGUUGCACUUUGAUCACAAAUAAAACAGACAUUGAAUGAAAAAAA